AUGGCUCCCGCGGCAGUCGUUGGUGAAGCAAGUGGUAAGAUAACGACGACGGGUGAAGUUUCAGAAGAAAAAAAAAGACGACGGGUGGCACUGAGCAGCGUAGGGGCGAUGUCACUGAGGACGGCCAUGAAGCCGGAGGCGUGGACCACGACCGGCGAGGAGGGUGAAGAGCAGUGGGAUCAAUACGAGCGUGAGGUGUUGGAGUUUGAGGAGGAAGCAUGGAAGACCUCCGCAAAAGGCGGGGAAUCUAGCACGGUCAAGCUGGCGGGUGAGGAGAGCUUCGGCGAGCACGAUCCAGCCGGCGCAGUCAUUAUCAACGAUGUACCAGCCUUCUUGAUAGCGUUGGCGGCGCUGAAAAGCUGGAGGAAUCAGAUACAGAGGAGAUGA